AUGCCUCGAACAAAUACUUUAUUUCGCGGUACAAUCAGAUAUUGCUCCGCUAACACCCACACACGUAACGAACAAGGACGACCGGAUGAUUUAUGGUCAAUGGUGUAUGUUUUGGUGGAAAUGCGUGGUCCCUUACCAUGGGGCAAUAUUCGAUUCAGCGAUCCAUAUGAUUGGGAGGAACCGGCUACCAAUACUAUAAGUUCAAUCAGGAAAGGCUUAACAUAUGUAAGCCGAACACUAUCACGAAUACGCUCCCACACACCAACAUCAAUCGAUAUAAUUAGCGAACCAAAAAGUACAACAAGCGGAACAACAACUUCAUUAGCAACAUCCGAAGCAAUUAGUGAGGAUCUUUUCACGUCGGCAGAUUUUGAAAGUAAUGAAACCGGAUUUUAA